CGAGCCUCUUGGUGACCUCUGCCCUUCACCGCCGGCCUAGAACCCCGGCGAGGAGGCAGUCACGGUGGCAUCACCCUUUUCCCUCCUUGUUGAGAUUACGGAUUACUGCGUACGGCAAUUGUGAUGACGGCGCCGCUCAAAAUAACCAUCCGCGGGGUAGAGGUGGUGGUCAAGGCCGAGCCGCUCGAGCCCAGCGGGUUUGCACCGUUUGGCGAGGUUAUCCAGAACCCCAGGCGCGGCCUUCACCCCUCCAAUUUCGCCGCCGCUGCUGCAGCAGGCCCGCUUCCCUUGGCUGCUGUGUCGGCAAACCAGGGCUCUGCCAUCAAGUAUCAGCAUGUCACCCACAUGGUGAACAACUAUGGCCACGCCCCGAGCGGCAGCCCUGGCGUCGCCGUCAUGAACAUGUUUGUCUGCGCCGCGCGCAAGCUGCCCACGACGCACAGCGCCAGCGCCGCCGCCAGCACCACCACGACCACCACGACCACGCCGCCCUCGCGCCUCUUCGAGGUCAACAUCCUCGAGCGCCAUCCCUACACCACACAGACCUUUACUCCGCUCAGCACCUCCGGCCCUGCCAGCCCGCCAGCCGGGCAAGGCUAUCUCGUUAUUGUGGCCCCUGGCAUCCAGGCCCCUUCCGGCUCAUCUUCCCGCUCAUCUGCCGGCUCAUCUACCGCCCGCGGAAUCCACUACAACACCCACGCCCAGAGCCAGCCGGAUCUGCAGAGGCUCAAGGCUUUUAUUGCAACCACCGACCAGGCUGUGACCUACAGUGCCGGCGUGUGGCACGCCCCCAUGGUCGCCCUUGGCCCCGACGGAUCAACCGUCGACUAUGUCGUCACCCAGUUUGCCAACGGCGUUGCCAUUGAGGAUUGUGAGGAGGUGGUCAUCGAGUCCCCAGAGAGAAAUGGCCAUGUCUUGGUCCAGCUGCCUGUGUCAUCUAGCUCAACAUCUAGCUCAACAACUUCCCGCCUUUGACUGCCCUGCCCACCUUGCAAGGCACACAAAAUGACAAGUCAGCCACCAAAACAGCACCACAUCCAGCAACUGCUGCUCCCAUAGACAUGUGUCCUCCAAUGUGCCCCCUUGGAUUCCUGGGCAGCAAUAGAUCGCGAUCCAAACUUAACAGGACUACAAUACGCCAGCUCCGUGCUAUACCACGACUGCAAUAUGGUAUCGCGGUUCUCAUACUGGAGCCUCUUGUCCACCGAGGCUAUUCAAAUUUCCAUAGAAGCAAUCUCACAUUUCAGGGAAUCUGCGAUGCAACGGUUAUUUUUGCAGAAGAUAGCGCCCCUCUCUAUUCUAUGAGAAAAUGCCACUACACUUGCCGAGUCUAGGUCUGGGCGUCAAGAUCACUGCCUGUGUUGGCAGAAACGAGGAGAGCCAGUACGGAGCCUCUGUGAAAAACAUUGACACUCGUGAGCAACAAAGCUUGGUGGACCCCAACCUGAAUGGGUCAUCCCUCAUGCCCGUAUUCUGUUGUCUCUACAACUUGUAUUUUGUUGUUAGGAAGAAGAAGAAACGGCUGGGUGACUGAGCGUUUGCCAGUGUAUGAAGAGACCGUACACCUUCG